AAAAAUAAUUACUAUAAGAAAGUUAUGUUACUUGUUGACGUAUAAAACUAUUGAGCUGACGUUAAAAAUAUGAGCAAUCCGUUUGAUUUUCAAACUGAAAGUAUUAAGUUCCUAAACGAACAUUUCACCGUUGCCAUGACAACAAUGUUGUGAUCAAAGUUGUGAUGUUGUUACUUUUAAAUAUCUUUCGUAUAAAAGUAAUACACCUUGGAUGAUGAUAUUUUUAAAUAUCUACAUUGACAUUUAACUUGGUAAAAUGUUACCUAUACGCGAUUUCAUAUUUACUAUACUUGAGCAAUAUUACAACACAACAGAUUUGAAAUUGAAUGAGAAUUCAGAAGAUGCAUUAACAGAUUUCAUCAAUAAUCCACAAAUACUCAUAAUUCAGGGAUAUAUGAAACAAGAUAAUAUUUAUCUUCAAACCAGAAUAAAGGAUGAUAAGAACAAAUCUAUAGUAUUCUAUAAAACAUCUGCACAAGAGCUACUGCAUGAUGAUGCAGUGCACAAUAUCAAUAUAUUGACCCUCUCUAGUAACACAGCUGAGACUCUCUACCAGAUUUGGAGACAAGUUUACACACCUCUGUUAGCUGCGGAAAAUGAUUUGUAUUCCAAUAAGAUACAAAAGAAUCUGUCAGACCUAGAGUCUAAUUUGAGGAUUUUAGCCCAUGGAAAAGGAAAUACUAACAUAAAUGUUGUGUUAUCAAUCCAAGAUGAAUUGGAAUAUUGGAAAACUGUUGCACAGAAGAAGGACGCCAGUAAAAAAGAAAAAGAGGCUGCAUCCAAUUUUUGUGAACUAUUUGAAGAUAUUGUUGAAGAAAUACGCACAAUUAAUUCAAGUCCCAUGGAAGAGAUCAGGGAAUCAGCAGAAAAUAUAGGUGGAAUCCUGGAUGAUAUAUGGCGGAUUACUACUUCCCCAUACUCCCAAGAAAGGAUGGUACACAUCUUUGAUAUUAUUGGGCACGAAUUAUGUUCAGAAAUACAAAAGUCUGUGUGUAUUAAUGAACUUUGGAAAGUACACAACAGCAGCAAGGAUAGCGAGAUAUUGAACCUUUUGUCAGACAGUUUUAAAGUAGUACAGACUUGGAAUAGUGCUUGCAAGUCAUUGACUGAGACAUACUGGCCUAACUACGCACUGCAUGCAUGGAACGGAAAACCUUACGCCCCGCCGUUUUGUUUGAAUUUUCAAAAUAGGAUAAAGGAGCUUCAUGACAUCAGGUCUACACAUAGUCAGCUGAAUAAAUUGCUGACCAACAGUGAACGAUCAGAAUUGCAGACCCAUCAACUGUUUACACCUUUCGAAACUGUAAACAUUUGGAUGUGUAACGGGCCGAACCCAGGAUGGGAGACAGCAGUUUCUAAGUUUUCAACCAGCUUGCGUCCUGCUGAAACUAAAGUCGCUGAGAAAUUAAAACCGAGGUUACAUAAUAUGUCUACAAAACAGAUGCUAUACGAGUUCAUGAGAUACAGUGCGUUAAUAGAGCGCCCUCUGGUGAAGCACGCGCUCAACAACGAACUGGAAAUAUUCGUGUCUUCACUUAUUUCCAUGUUAAAAAGUAUACAAACACAAUUAGACGCUGAGGAGCUCGAUGUUAAGAUGUACCAGCCGCCAGAAAUGUCCACUGUUGUGCUACAAAUACAGUGGGCGAAACUGACUGAAGCUAAGGUCAAAGAAAUUCAAAUGUGCGCUGAGAAAUAUUUAAAAGAAUUCGAAGGAAGUUCCGAGUUACAUAAUCUCGCUACGAAGGUGUUGAAAGAUCUCAAAAAUAUGUACACACAACUACAUGAAGAGUGGUGUCGUGACCUUCAGGCUCAAGCAAAGAACGGUUCUCUCCAAAUAUCUACGGAUAAGCCGGUCGUGGAAUUCAGUGGCAGUAACAAGCUGAUGGUAGUGAACUUCAACCCGGGGCUCGUUCGUAUGGAACUGGAGGCGCGGGCACUCGCUGCCAUGCGACUGCCGCCCCCACCCGCCGCGGCAGCACUGGACUCACUCAGCACUGCGCUGGCGCAUGCACGACCAUUGCAACAGGUUGCGUCAUUCCACAAUACGUUGGGUGAACGAAUGAUCCCGUCCACUCGUCCAAUGAUGUUGCAAGCUGCAUUAGAUUUGUCCAACCUAGUACAAGACCAGAAGGCAGUAUACUGGGACGAUGUCGAACAACUCUCCAAUUAUACGGACAAACUCAAGAAAAUUGUCUUGAAGUUAGAAACGCAGAACACUUACCUAACAGGUCAACACCUAGCCAUAAGGAAUAUCGUGCAGAAACUUAUUGAGACAGAACUACUAGCCAAGCAGUCUGAGUGGAAGAAAGGUGUAAAAGAGAUGCGAGAUAUUAUAGAGACGGUGGAAUCAAAUGGUUAUAAGAACACAGAACUAUGGAGAUCUCAUUGGGACUGGCAGCUUUAUAAAGCUCUUGAAUAUCAGUACAUAAAAACAUUGCUGUCUUUACAUAAGCAUUUUCCACAUGUCAAAGUUGAUUUGGUUUUGCGUGGAUACGCAGUGCGCGUGCAACCUUCAAUGGAGGAAUUACGCGUCCAGCACUACCACCAGCUGCGCCGCCUGGUGGCCAUGCCGGCGCAUUUCGUGGGGGUACAGACCAACAUCACUGACAAACAGACCAUCUUCGCUGCUAUUGUGGAAAAGCACAGCUGGCUAGGUAACAAAGCCGUACGACAGUUGGAAUCAGCAUUGUCCUCUCUAGAAGCGACGUGUGCAUCGUGGACCCGUCGCGCGGCCCUCGCGUGUGUCCCGGACCUGGACGCGCUGUGCCAACUACACCUCACGGACCCACAACACUGGGAGAACAACUUCAAAGCCUGUAAAGCUUACGGCCAGGCUGUCGCUAAGAUGACUUUUGAAGACGAAAAGAUAGAAUGGAUAACAGUCGGUACAAUAACCCUUCGACGUGAGUUCGAGGCUCAAGCGCGAAGUCUAUGGGCUUGCCUGAUGUCAUCCCUAGUAGCCAGUUGUAGAUCAGACGCAGCCAGAAUUGAUGCCUUCGUGGCUUCAGCGGCAGUUAUGCUGGAAAACCAAGCAUUGCCCAAAAACGCUAAAGAACUUGCAGAAAUGAGCGCCACCCAACAAGCAUUGCAACAACAGAUGCCCGAGAUGGAGAGCACAGUUGAAGCGCUGAAACGCAAAAGCCACAUGCUACGCACAUGGGGAGGAGAUACAUCAGUGGAUGGGACCAUGAAGGAAUGGCGGAAGAUACACGAACUUAUGCUCAGCCAACAGAAAAUGUUUGAACAUCAGGCUGAAAUAGUGAAGUCAAGUUUGAGCGGUGAUUGGGAUAAUUUGAAUUCAAGUGUAGAAGCUUGGACAUCGCGAUGGAGUCAGGCUAAACCGCGCCUGGAUGACACCCAUGGCGUGGACUAUGCAGAGAUGCUCGAUAGAUGUCGCUCUGUGUUCGAAGCGCACGCGAGCUUGAAUAAGUUUGUCACAGACAGGGAUGAACUGAUAAAAGAAUGUGACAAAUUCCAAAUGAAAGUACAGCUCAGUGACACCUGGGAUCAAGCUGAGAAGCUUAUGGCUGAGUAUGUUACUUUAUGGACACCACUAAAGGAGUACAAUGAAGAAUUUGAAUCGAUGGCAGACCAAGAAUGGAUUGUCUUUCAGAAAAAGAUACAUUUGAUAGAAGAGUUUUCAGUAAAAUGGAAGAGUCGUUUGGAACCAUUUACUAUUGUUACUUUGUACAUACAACAGGAACUGGAGAAGUAUUCGGAUUUGGCUCCCCUACUAAAAUAUCUGCGAGGUACAGAUUUUACGGAACGCCAUUGGCAUGAGGUGUACAGUCUACUGGAGAUGGAGUAUAAGAAACCAGACACGUUGCAAGUCAGGGAUCUGCUGGGAGCCGCGAUGAAUAUUAAGAAACACAUCAAAUACUUGCAAAAAAUCUGCAGUGCUGCAUCAAGUGAGUCUGCAAUCAGGAAUGCUCUGAAUGAGCUUGAGAUUUGGUUCGCGGGCGCUCGUUUCAACAUCACAUACUACAAUGAUAAGGCGAAACGUCCCACGCCUAUAGUGAAAGACUUUAAGGAAAUACUUAGUAAGAUUGAAGAACAACAAUGGGUGGUGUCCUCACUAUCAGGCGGUGCGAACGGAUCCGAUGCAUGCAACACAUGGGAGGCGCGGCUCAGGGCUGCGCGGGCGCUGCUACGUGCCACACAUCAUGCACAAAGGAGGUGGCUGUACUUAGAACCGAUACUCUCCAAUGAUGAUGGUGAAUUAGGAGUCAAAUUCCGGAAAGUAGACCAAGGCUUUCGACAAGUUACCAGAAUAUUAGAAUCGGACCCUAGGCUCUCAGCUUUACUGCAGUCUUCAAGACUUCAACCUAUGCUGGACUCCAUAUCUGAACAACUCUUAGCUUGUCAGUCAGCCUUAAAUGUCUAUAUUGAUGAAAAACGUUCCGUAUUCCCAAGACUUUACUUCCUGAGUGAUGACGAUUUACUGGAACUUCUCGGGCAAGCUCGAGCUGGUGCUGAAGGAAGGGAAGCUGUUAUGCAAACACAUCUCAAGAAAUUGUUCCCGGGAAUCACAGGAGUUCGACUGGGACCCGGAGAUAUGUCUAUUACCGCUUUGUGUAGUCAUUACGGAGAAUCGUUCCAAUUGGACCACCCAGUUGAUAUCGAUUGUCCAGUAGAGGUAUGGUUGAAGAACUUGGAAGCAGAGAUGCGAUCCUCUCUAAAAAGCAUGACUCUAAAGUGCAUAGUCACAAACUCCCUUCAAGAACAGGACCCAUUCUCACUUCCUACACAAAUCCUAUGUCUCGCUCAAAACAUACGCUUCACAGAGCAAGCAGAAAAAGCCAUAACUUCCAAGGAAUUGCACAAAUUAAAAGCCAAUAUAGAAAAGGAGAAUUCCUACUAUGCUUCAGCCGAAAUAGAGGACGAGAGUGAGCGACGUAAAAGACAGGCACUCAUAUUACAAUGUGCUCAUUAUUUGUCCGUCAUCAGAAUUUUGAUAGACAAUAAUAUCGUGUCAACUAACGACUGGCUUUGGCAAAAACAGUUGAGAUUCUAUUUGCUAAGUACAAAGGAGGUGGUAGCUAAAAUGGGUCUAGCUCAGAUAUCAUAUUCAUACGAAUACCUAGGAGUGAACACUGGACAGUUUGUGCGCACUGAACUAGCUGACGACUGUUUCUUUAUUUUGACACAGUCCCUCCAUUUGGGUUUAGUUGGUAACCCAUUCGGUCCAGCUGGCACUGGAAAGACAGAAUCUGUGAAAGCUCUGGGUGGUCUUGUAGGACGCUUGGUGCUAAUCUUUAACUGCGAUGAGGCAAUGGACGUAGAGUGUAUGGGCCGUUUACUCAGUGGACUCGCCCUGUGUGGUGCCUGGGGAUGUUUCGACGAGUUCAAUCGUCUGGCAGCUCACACAUUGGCUGGCGUGUCGCACCAACUAUCCUCGCUACUGGCCGCCACUACAGAACGGUCGAAUGGAUCACAACCCACUGCGAUGCUCAAUGGGAAGCAGGUGACAGUAUCGGAAUGGUGUGGAGUAGCCGCAACAAUGAACCCGGCGGGUCGUGGCUACGGCGGCCGUCGGACAUUACCGUCCGCCUUGCAACGAGUACUACGUCCCGUAGCCAUGCUGCAACCCAGGCCUGAUGUACUGGCUGCACAUCUACUGGCCGCAGCGUGCGUUCCUGAUGCUGAGAUACUUGCUCGUGAUUUGCAUAACGUCUUUACUCUUGCAAGCUGCCUACUAAGCGAGCAGCGCCACUACGACUGGGGCCUGCGUGCGCUGAAGGCGGGCGUGGGGAGCUGCGCCGCCAUGCUGCAGGCCGCGGGGGGACGGGGUGGCGGGGGGACCGUCGCACGCCGCGCCGCCGCACGACGCGUGCUCACACUCAACAACCACUCCAAGCUUACGCGAUCUGAUGCACAAAGAUUCGAAAAUAUACUAUCAUUAGUUUUCGCUGAUGUACCCACUGAAGAAUCCAGUUCUGACCCAAUAAACUCAGCUCUUGAGAUGAGUGUAAAUAACCUCAAGCUUGUACAUAAUAAACAACAGAUACAAAAGUGCGUGGAAUUGUAUGAACAAAUGCAACAGAGAAUGGGAGUGGUUGUAGUCGGACCUCCAGGGUCUGGUAAAACUACAAUAAGGCAACUAUUGAAAUCUGCCCUAGCACUCCAAGGUAAGAACGUGGUGGAAUACAUAAUCUGCCCGAAGGCGAUGAGUCGCGAUUGGUUGCUUGGACACAUCGAACAUGACACGAGGCAGUGGACUGACGGGGUUAUAUCUUACACGGCGCUUGAAAUAUCUAAUCAACCUUCUGAUGUGUGGUCUUGGGUAGUAUGUGACGGUGAUAUCGACCCAGAAUGGAUAGAAGCCCUCAACUCAGUAUUGGACGACAAUAGACUGCUGACAUUGCCUUCAGGCUGGAGGAUACAAUUCGGUUCCAACGUGAACUUCCUAUUCGAAACACAUAGCCUGGAACACGCUUCACCGGCUACUGUAUCAAGAAUGGGUAUUAUAUUGUUGAGCGAUGACGUAAGCUGCGAUCUAGACGUGCUUGAAGCGUGGAUGCGUAGAGCUGAUUUCGAUAAUGAAGGUGUAAAGAUGGCUCUGCCGUUACUGCAGCAAGUUAUAAAGAGAUGCAUCCAGUGGCUUACUGAUCAUAAGGGUGAUUUGGCUGUCAAGCUUUAUAAUAUUACUGUGGUCAAACAAAUACUAACACAGUUCGAGUACUUAGCCCAGGACACAGGGUUCAACGCCACUCGCAUGGGUCCCGAGGAAAUAGUCUACCUUGCCAUACAACGCAGUGUAGUCGAUGUCAUCAAGGAAAGUGCUAUCGAUAGCUUCCAUGAUGAGCUAUCCACACUGAUGGGUCCUCCGAUAGUACCGCCAUUAGGCACGAACGAGUGGGUCACAGACACACUGUACAUGUCGCGACGUCUAUUGGCCUGUGAACCCACACUACGAGCCUGUGUGACGUCACACCACGCACAUCUACUUCUUGUUGGACCCGAUGCUUGUGCAAAGAACCUUUUAGCGGAAUACAUAGUGAAGGAAUGUAAUUCUGCUAUCCUAACUAUAGACUGCACUCCAAUUUUAGAACCAGCUGACAUCAUUGCAGAACUGAAAAGAAACAACAUGGUCCGUGCGGGCGGGCGCGGCGCGGGCGCAGGUGCGCGCUGUACGCUGGUGGUGCGGGCCUUACAUCGCGCGCGGACCGACCACUGGGCCUCCACGCCCGUACACUCCUUCUUACUGCAGUUAAUACAACACAACGGGUUCUGGACGCGAGGUAGUGACGAGGAGGGCGGUAGUGGCACGCAGUGGUGCCAAGUGUCACGCCUGCGGGUACUGGCCACCGCCACUACACUCUCUGCCAUCUCGCCUAGACUGGCCGCUGCGUUGGAGCUUAGGACGUUGAGUGAACCAGACGAUGAGGAAUUAUUAGAAAUAGUAACACAUUAUUUAAGAAACAGUGUGGACAAAGGGAUACCUACAAAAGAUAUAACAAAGUUAGCCGAUAAUCUUCUGGCUAUGUUCAAAGAGGUUACGGAGACAUUCGACGACCAAAGUCACUACAAGUGGAAUGCAUCACAUUUGAGGAAACUGUGCGAGAAUGUCAAAUGGUACUCACCAACUAAUACAGAACAAUUAAUUAUGGCCAUCAGCGCAGAAGCCAACUUUAUAUUCCGAGAGAGGUUAAUAUCGGAUGAAGAUAAAUCCGCGUUCAGCUCCAUAUCAUGUAAACAUUUGAAAGUGAACAACGAGGCGAUGUACUUCGCUUGCAAACUGCGUGGAGAUGGGGUCUACUUGGAGCACACUGACUAUAAUGACUGGCAUCACAGGACCGAGCUGCUGAUUAACCAGUGCUUGUCAGAAAAUGAACAGAAUGUAUUUGGUGAGACUGGUGCCGAGGUGUGUUCUGAACUAGCACUACUGUGCCCGGCCAUGGCGCGAUCGAGUAACGGCGGGCUACUAGUAUGCGUGGGAUGCGCAGGAGUGGGUCGUCUGUCCGCGGCGUAUAUUACGGCCGCCGCACUACCUGCUUCACUGGUCGUUAUCAACCACGAUGCACAGUUCAACACGCAGUUUAAAAACGCAUUAACCUCAGCAGCCGAAGGCAAGCGUACGAUAGCAUUAAUCCGCGAGGGCGCUGCCAGUAAGGACGUACUGGCCGCCAUCGAGGCACUGCGGCGCGCGCGCAGCCCGCAUGCAUUACCGGCUUUACUGUUGCCCAAUGCUGAGCCCAAUGCUAUUCGAAACAUAAAAGAAAACCUCGGCAUUGUGAUAUGCCUAGACAAAAACCAGGAAAAUCUAUCCGAUCUAAUGGAAAAGUACCCCCUACUGUACAACGAUGGUACCAUAGUAUGGUUGGAGCAUUGGACUGACGAUACGCUACGUCAGUGGCCACGCCUACUAGUGCAGAGAUUACUAAAAGAAAAUGCAGUGGACACGUCAAAGGAACAACUGGAUGCGUUACCAGUAGACGGGUUCGUGAACAUCCACAAGAGUAUCGACGUGGAAUGGAAGAAGGCGCCCUGUCGAUAUGUGAACUUUAUUAGGACUUACUACAAUAUUAUCAAUAGGAAGAAAGCUGCGCUUGUUCAGAGGCAGGCUAUGCUAUCGGCGGGCGUAGAAGCAUUACGACGCGGACGUAGCGAAGUAUCCGCGCUACAAGCCGAAGCAGCGAAGCAAGAGACGGAGCUGCGCAGUAAGCAGGCGGGCGCGGAGAGCGCGCUGCAGCAGAUCUCCGCCACGGUACGGGCGCACACGCACCACAAGGACGACAUGCAGGCGCUGCAGCGGAACGUGCAGAUGGAGAAUGAGAAGCUGCAGGCUCAAAAAAAAGAAAUAGAAGCGGAGCUAGCUGCGGUUGAGCCCAUUAUAGCGGCAGCUCGGUCCGCAGUCGGCGAUAUUCGACCAGAAUCUUUGAGUGAGGUACGAUCACUGCGUGCGCCACCGGAGGUCGUACGAGACGUAUUGGAGGGGGUCUUACGUCUCAUGGGUAUCGCAGACACUUCGUGGCAUUCCAUGAAGAAUUUCCUGUCCAAGCGAGGAGUUAAAGAAGAUAUUAGAUGUUUAGACGCGAGUCAGAUCAGUCCCGCCGCGCUAGCUAGCGUGCAGAAGUUACUAGAGGUACGCGGAGGGUCGUUCGAGGCAGCGACGGCGAAGCGCGCGUCGGCGGCGUGCGCCCCGCUGGCGGCCUGGGUGCGCGCCAACAUACACUACGCCGCCGCGCUGCAGCGCGUGCAGCCGCUGCAGGCCCACCAGGCCAAGCUCGCCAAAAACCUAACGGACGCGGAGCAGCAGAUGGCAGCGCUGUCCACCGACCUGAACACGGUGGAGGAACGAGUGGCGGCGCUACAGGAGCAGUUGGGGCAGAACACCCGCGAGGCCGCGGCGCUGGAGCUGAAGCUGGCGCAGGCCAACGCCACCAUCACCACCGCCACUGGACUCAUCGACCAACUCGCACAUGAAUAUACUGCCUGGGAGAACGAUUUGGAGAACAUAUCAAAAGAAAUAUCGCAACUCAGUCAGAGAUCACUACUAUCGGCUGCUUACAUAGUGUAUUUACCAGAUGUCACUGAACCACAAGCCAGGGAUUACGUUACUAAAUGGAGUGCGCUCAUCGGUUUCGAAGAUGCAUCGUUCUCUGUAAUAAACUUCCUGUCGUCUACUGAGAAGCAGUUAAAAUGGGAAGCCGAUGGGUUGCCAUCCGAUACUACUGCUAUUAAGAACGGUGUUUUAAUUGAUCAGUUUUUGGAGAGCCAAAAGUGUGGGUUCACUCCAUUGCUAGUAGACCCAGACGGCGAGGGUUUGACUUGGCUCAAGAACACACUGGCUGACUCACAGUGUGACUUUGUAUCGCAACGCAGUGAGAAGUUGAUGACCACCAUGCAGUAUGCAUUCAGACUGGGCCGCACCGUGGUAGUGAGUGACGUGGACAGCGUAGAGUGUAUCCACAGUACCCAACCCAGUACCCCGCCGGCCGCGGCCGCCCGCCUGCUACUACAGAGCCGCGCGGCCGCCGCGCUGGCUCCGCAUGUCGCCGCCACGCUCAGUCCGCUGUACUUCACUCCUACACUACAUGCGCUCACUGAUCAACUCGUCAACUACGCUUUGCAACAGCAAAAUCCGGAACUUUAUGAGAAGUCUAGAGAGAUCAAACUGAAAAAGGCUACUCUACAGAAACAACAGCAUGAGUUACAGGAAAAUCUCCUCCGUGAACUAUCAAACAAAAGCAACAUUUUACAAGAUGCGGGUGUACUAGCCUCGCUAAGUAAGACUAGGGCCACCAACGACACUAUAGUCGAAGCUUUAGCAGCUGCUAAGGAAGUGGAGCAAGCGAGCCAAACUGCCUGUAAGAUGUACGAGGCGGCGGCGCAGAAGGCAGCUCUACUGGCGCUAGCCACCAACGGACUAGCCACGCGGUGGCCACUCAUUGCUCUACCUGUGGAUGCAAUACUUGAUGUCUUUGUUGAUGCUGUAAGGAGACAGCCUGACCAAACAAACAUAAAUAACGAGGAACUGAUCAAAUAUGUGACGAGGAAAAUUGUAGAGAGAGUCCUUUUGAGCUUACACAAGAAGGACAAGUACGUAGUCGUGUUGUACUUGUUGAAGCAAGUUUAUGAGGAUUCCAUUCCAAACGAGCUAUGGCAAAUAUUUAUAGGUAAUCAAGAUUUGUUGGAAGAUGUUGGCAAUGUUAGCGAAAUUAAAAAUAAACACGCCUGGAUACCACAGGAUUGUGUCAAGAAAGUUGCUAAACUCAAGAUUGUAAACGAAGAUCUAUACAACAGGCUGUCGCUACAGAAUGAGGAACUAUGGAAGGAGUUUAUGAAAUCAGGAGAUAUAAAUAUAAUUAGCAAGCUGAAACUAAGUGCGUUUGAAACUGUAGUCGCCGUGUCAGCCACUCGACCCGACAGUGCUUACCGAGCUAUUGUAGCUUUCGUUGAUCAACUAUUAGGUGCAGGAGUAAUAUCAGGCGGGCAGCCAGUCCGUCGCGGCGCGCUGUCAGCGCGGCGGGCGCGGCGCGCGGCCCGGCCCGCGCUACUGCUGUCGGCGCAUGCGCAGGACGCACUCGCCGCCGCCGCCACCAACACGCAGCUCACACAUGUGGGCAUAGAACAAGGCAGAUCGGCUUGGGAAGCAGCUCUAGAGAGUUGUCGCAGCGGUAGCUGGCUCGCUAUUGUAGUUGGAGCAUCACCGUUCACAAACGACCUGCAGGCCUUCAUUACUGCAUACCUUGAAACACCGGCGGACCAAUUCCAUGAAGACUUCAGGUUGUGGAUUUUGUCAGAGGACCGUGAAAUCCCACCGCUCAUAUCUAAUGCCUGCGUUAAUAUUAUACUCGAGGCCCCGGAGGGUGUGAAGAACAACAUAAUGGGCACGCUGUACGCGUGGGGCGGGUACUCGGCCGACGCCAACUCCGUGCGACUGCACGCCGCGCUCGCCUUCUUCCACGCGCUCGUACAGGAGCGACGUGCUUAUAUACCUCAAGGCUGGUCGCAGUGGUACGCGUGGGAGUGGGGCGAGGCGGUGGCGGGCGCGCGCGCCGUCCGCGGCGGGGCGGGCGGGCGCGGCGUGGCGGCGCUGUACGCCGCGCGCCUGUGCAGCGCGCCCGACGCGCGCGUACUGGCCGCGCUGCAACGCCGCGCAAUGCCCGACGCCGCUACCGCGCCGCGCUGGGCACCGCUACCGCUCACACAACCACUGCCGCACUCUACUUCUCUCAGGGAAUACACAGUAGCCUUCGACGCUCUCCCAGACAUCGACUCGCCACAACUCUUGGCCCUACCUGCAAACUGUCUUUACAUAUAA